GUACCAGGUUAUCAAGGAACAUCGUUACGGGCCUCACGAGGACAAUUUUUAAACUGAUGAUUCCAUUGUUAGGGGAAAUUAGGGAGGAAUCGAUGGAACGAAAUUUUAGAGAAACAAGUAGAUGAAUGAGUGAGGAUUUUUUUCAUUAUUGGGGAAUAAUAGUGCAUUGACCAAGUCUCCAGACUAGAGGGGCGAAGGCAAUUUCCUGGGGUGCGUGAUAGUUCGUAGAUGCAGGGUUAGAUCUUUUGGGGGGUUGGUGAUGCUGUGAGAGAAACGAGAUGAGACAGUGUUUCAAGAUAGACAUGAGCAGACGAUACGAGAGGAGAACAGUUGGUCGAGGGAAUGAGAUAGACAAUACUCCUAUAUUUUGUAAUCCUUACUUUUCCUGCUUUCCAUUUUUUUCAGGACUAAAAUGUCUUGUACUCAGAACAAAAAUAUAGAACUCGUGAAAAUUCAUUAUCAUCUUGAUACAAGUAAAGAUGUGCUUCUCAAAAAAUCCUUAUCUUCUCAGAGGAGACGACGAGAACAACUUUCGAUUCAGCAAUACGUGAGGAGAAAUAAAAAACUCGUAUCUCAAGAUGAGAUGACAAAAUGCCAUUUCUCAUGUCGCGGCAUCACUGUUGGAGAUUGAAUGACGAGUGAGAUGAAAAUUAAACGAAUAAUUGUGUUAUGAUUGUUGAUAGGCAUUUAUUGUAAGCAUUUUCAGUCCCACACUGGCUCUUCAUAAGCCUGUGUCAACGCUGAAUUAAAAUUUCUUGAGGUUUUUUUGUUCAUCAAUGAGUGGAACAAAGUCUGUUUGAAUUCACUGGAAAUUGAGGAAAUACGACAGUUUGUGUAUUGUUUCUACCGAAUGAUAAUAAAAUGUUGAAUCGUCUCGGAUAGUUUAUUUGAGGCCCCUAGAACUAGGAUCAUGUUCUGUUUAAAAAAUACCCCAUCCAACUUUCGCUGGAAAAAUUAUUGUCAUAUUUAUGCAGAGACAUUCUCACUAUGGAGAUGUUAAUAUUCUCUCAACGCGGAAUGAUAAGCAAUCUUCCUGUGAAUAAUAGGAACAUUCAUGCGGAGUUAUCAGUCACGAGAUGAUCGAUUGCUUCACCAGUUAUCUCAUUGGCAUUUAGUUCGUGCGUUUACAUCGUAUCCUUCAUUUAUUCAGUUUGGAAGUGAAUUUCGCAUUAUGGAGGCUUUCACAUGUGUUCAAGAUUUCGAAGAGUCGGCGUUGAAGAGACUCCCAAUAUCUGCAAGGGAUUAUUAUAGGAGUGGAGCUGGGGACGAGGUGACCCUCCAGUGGAAUAGAAACGCAUUUAGAAAAUAUAGGAUUCGUCCUCGAGUCCUCAGAAAUGUCUCGACCAUCGAUAUCAGUGGAAAAGCCCUCGGGGAGAGGAUUUCCAUGCCCGUCGGUGUGGCCCCAACAGCAAUGCAACGGAUGGCACAUCCAGACGGUGAAUGCGCCACCGCAAGAGCUGCACAGCAAUCGGGUACAGUAUUCAUCCAAUCGACAAUAUCCACCAGCAGCCUUGAAGAAGUUGCGGCGGCAGCUCCCGGUGCCAUAAAAUGGUUUCAAUUGUACGUUUACACCGAUCGGGAUGUGACUAUAAAUUUAAUAAGACGAGUGGAGAGGGCUGGGUUCAAGGCCCUGGUCCUCACCGUGGACACCCCCUUCUUCGGGACGCGGAGGGCCGACGUCCGGAACAGGUUCGUUCUGCCGAGGCACUUGAAGCUCGCCAAUUUCGAGGGACGAUUGUCAAGGCAGAUCAAUCAGAGCUCCGGAGGAUCGGGAUUGAGCGAGUACGUGACGGAUCUCUUCGAUGAUUCACUGGAGUGGAAGGAUUUGCAAUGGCUGAAGAGCGUUACACAAUUACCGAUUGUACUCAAAGGAAUUUUGACCGCUGAGGAUGCAAUUUUAGCAGUGGAAAAUGGAGCUAGUGGUGUCAUUGUUUCGAAUCAUGGAGCCAGACAGAUCGAUGGAACAGCGGCAACAAUCGAGGCAUUACCGGAAAUUGUUAAAGCAAUCGACGGGAAGAUAGAGGUUUACCUAGACGGAGGAGUGAGAACGGGAACUGAGGUUUUCAAAGCGCUGGCACUCGGUGCUAAAAUGGUAUUCCUCGGAAGACCAAUCCUCUGGGGGUUGACUCACGCCGGUGAGGAAGGAGCGAUUGCAGUUCUGGAACUCAUGAGGAAGGAGAUCAGGGAGUCCCUAGCCUUAGCCGGUUGCAGAUCUCUGAAGGAGGUGACCCGGGACAUGGUUGUCCACGAGUCCGUCUACAGCCGCUUGUAAAUUUAUUGUAAUAUUACAGUAAAUUAGCACGAAUAAAUGAACAAUUAGAAUGAAUUCACUCACAA